UAAAUUAAUGAACUUAAUCGAACCUAAUAGAUUGAUUAAUUGCCAAAAUGAAAUCGUGGGGUGUGAUAGUGUUUUUGGUGGCAUUAGCAGGAGUUCAGGUAUUCGCGGACGACGCUGCUUUCAUUGAGAAUGCAAGAAGUCCUGCCCGCAUUGUGUCUGGAUGGGAGGCCGAAGAAGGCCAGAUCCCGUGGCAGCUGUCCCUGCGAAUGGUGAACCCAACGGGAGACGUGUUUACAUGCGGCGGCUCCAUCAUCCACCCUGAGUGGGGUCUGACCGCCGCCCACUGCACUGCUAAUCGCGUGACCAUGGUGCUUCGCGCCGGCGCAGUCAGCCUGCUGCGCCCGGAGCUCAUCUUCGAGACGUUCGAGUAUUUCAACCACCCGCUAUACAUCGACGCCAUUGCUGCAUCCAAGGUCCAGCCGCAUGACAUCGCUAUACUUAAGUUCCAACGCACCAUCACCUUCUCUGACCGUGUGCAGCCCAUUAGAGUGCAGAAUUCUCUGGAGAAGGACCGCAACUACAACGGCGUAAGGCUCGAAGCCUCUGGAUGGGGAAGCACCUGGACCGACGGAGCUGCUCCCGAAAACCUGCAGUGGGUGUACCUGAGCGGCGACUCCAACGAGUUCUGCCGUUCCGCUUACAACGGCAGCUCCGUCAUCGUUAACUCCACCAUCUGCGCUAGCGCCUACAACGUCACCAGCCAGUCUACCUGUCAUGGUGACAGUGGCGGUCCUCUCGUAGAGUUAGAAGAGGACGGCAAAUACACGCUCGUCGGAGUGACCUCCUUCGUGUCCGGACGAGGCUGCCAUGUUGGUAUACCUGCUGGUUUCAUUCGUCCCGGAUAUUAUCACGAUUGGAUCCUCGAAGUGACCGGCAUCAACUUCGACUGGGUCCCUGAACCACCCUCCGAAUCUAGCUCCAGUGAGUCCAAAUCUAGCGAGUCUAGUGAAGAAAAAUCUGAAUCGAGGGAGUCUUCGGAAUCUGAAUCUAAGGACUCUUCGGAAUCAAAAUCUAGCUCUGAAUCAGAAUCUAAGAACUCUUCUGAAUCCGAAUCUAAGGACUCUUCUGAAUCAAAAUCGAAGGAGUCUUCUGAAUCCGAAUCCAAGGACUCUUCUGAAUCAAAAUCUAAGGACUCUUCUGAAUCAGAAUCUAAGGACACCAAUGAAACUGAGUCGAAGGAAACUUCUGAGUCAAAAUCUAAAGAAACCUCUGAGUCAGAAUCUAAAGAAUCCAAUGAGACCAAAUCAAAAGAAUCUUCUGAAUCAGAAUCUAAAGAUACCAAUGAGAGCGAAUCCAAACAGAUUUCUGAGUCAGAAUCUAAAGAAUCAUCUGGGUCAGAAUCUAAGGAAAAAUCUGAGUCAGAAUCUAAGGAAACAAGUGAGGUUUCUAAAGAAACAACUGAGACUGAAUCUAAAGAGACCGCUGAAUCUGAAUCUAAGGAAACCAGUGAAGCAGUAUCUAAGGAAACCGCUGAGUCCGAAUCCAAGGAAACUAACGAAGUAGAAUCAAACGAGACUUCUGAAGCCGUUUCUGAGUCUAAGUCCCAAGAAACUGCUGAAGCCGAAUCUAAUGAAACUCCCGAAAUUGAAUCUAAUGAGACUCCUGAAAAAGAAUCCAAUGAAACACCUGAGGUAGGAUCUCCUGAAGUAGAAUCCAAUGAGACACCUGAGGUAGGAUCUCCUGAAGUAGAAUCCAAUGAAACGCCUGAGGUAGGAUCUCCUGAAGUAGAAUCCAAUGAAAGACCUGAGGUAGGAUCUAAUGAGACUCCCGAAGUAGGAUCUCCUGAAGUAGAAUCCAAUCAGACUCCUGACGUAGGAUCUCCUGAAGUAGAAUCCAAUGAGACUCCUGACGUAGGAUCCAACGAAUCACCAGAAGCCGAAUCAAAUGAAAUACCCGAAGCUGAGUCUAAAGAAACCCCUAAGGUAGGAUCUAACGAGAAUCCUGAAGCAGAAUCCAAUGAAACCCCUGACAUCGAAUCGAAUGAAACACUUGACGGAUCCCAGGAAACCCCUGAGGCAUCAGAAGAAAGCAAAGAGACGAGUCAAGAAGAACAGUCUCGUCUGUUCUGGUCGGUCUUCCGCGGUGCUUUUGCAGGAUUCUAAGUUGUAAGUUGGGAAAUAAAGACAACGUUAUUUUUCACUGAA